CUUUACCAUCGUUUUCCCAUUGCAUCACCGUCAGCAUAAUCGUCUCAUUCUAAUUUAUUCUCCGUAUUUCUCAACGCGCUCUGUAACCACCAAUGAAGCCAUUGAAAGUAUCUGUCCCGGAAGCCGCUGCCAGCGGGGGAACUAUCACCUUCAAGGUCAUCGUCGCCCCAGCAAACACCGACUCGACAUAUCCAAUCUUUCGAACAUUCGCUCAAGUCCGCUGGCUGCACCAUAAACUGCAGAGUGCCUUUGUCGACUACGUUAUUCCCUCCCUUCCAGAGCCAUUGAGCGAGAAACUAUGCGAGGAUGUGGAUCAAGUUGAGCAGAAGCGGGUCCAAAUCGAGAGGUUUUUGCAGCGGAUUUGUCGCCGGACAGAGUUUGCUACGAGCGAAGCGGUGCUGUGGUUUGUUGGGACAGAGAUGACUCACUUGGAUUCUGUGGACUCCAGAAGGACGACCUUGGGGUUUCUGCGGUUCGACAACAUCAUCAAACCGAGCUAUGACCGGGGCAUGAGGAUAUACAGACCAGCAGAGAACGUUGAAGAGAACGAUCAAGGAGAGUUCCAAAGAAGGCAGGUGUAUAUACUUGCAAUGGAGCAGUCUUUUACAGGACUCUUAGAUACUGGGUUGCGUUUGACAAAGGAGCGCGAGAAACUUGGGGACGCCUAUUCUCAGCUCGGAGACGCAACUAUGGAGGUAUUGAGUAGCAAGCAUCGGCUUGGGGAUGGGCAGAGAAUUGAUAAUCGAGAGCGGCAUCAGGCAUUGGACGAUGAAAUGCAAAUCUUUGGGGUUCUCACGGACGAUGUGCGCUUGAGUAUACGGCGUCAAGUGAAGGCCGAGACAUUUUAUUUCAUGGACCUUGUUCAGGAGUACCGGAGCAUGCUUCAAGGGCUGAAGGAUGUGAUGAACUCUAGAACGGACCGACUAUCGGAAUACGUAUCAGUAUCCAAAAAGGUCGCAAAAAGGCAGACGCAGCUUGAGCAGGCUACCCUAAAGGCAGCGACAUCUCCCGCAGCGGAUUUAGUUGAUAAGGUGAAGCUGAGUCUGGAGGGAGCUAACGCGAAACUGAGCGAGACAAAGGAGGAGUUCAAGAAGAGCCAAAUCGUCGUCACUCGUGAGCUACUUCGAUAUGAAAAGGAUAAGGCUAAAGAGUGGCACGCAUCGGUCCAGGAUUAUGCGGAGAAACAGAUCAUGUACGAGAAGGAGAAACUGCUGGCGUUUGAGAAAGCAUGGGACUCCAUUCAUAGCCUGCAAACGAAUGCAGGCGGAGCGCUGAGCGGGACAGACGGUGGUAGAGGUCGUAGAGUCGGCCCAGAACCCAGUACACGGUCACGAUCCUAUUGGCCCUCCGGACUAGGGUCUCCUUUCGCUCCAGAUCUGAUUCAGGAAGACAGAGCAGAGACCAUGAAAGGCGAUGUUGUGGCAGGCUCGAAUCUCGUGGUACCUGAAACCAAGAAUCCUCCCAAGCAAGGGCGGUUGCCGCAAAACGCUGGCUACAACAGUGGUUACAAUAGCGACUACAAUAGUGGAUAUAACAGUGGGUACAACAGCGGGUACAACAGCGGAUACAACAGUGGAUACAACAGUGGCGAUCAGGACGAAGGCGUCCGUUCAGGGUCAAGCCAUUUCCCAGCAACGAAGCUGAGCCGAUCAGGAAGUGGUACUCUCAUGAACGUUGCUGCUGGUCCACAUCCCGCCAAGAAGACUGGUACAAGGAAAGGGUCUCUAACAGGACUGAUCCCAAGCGCCAAUGUCAGCGCUCUGACAGCUGCUAGUACUAGGGACAUGACUUCCCUAUCUCGAGAUCAGGGUGCGUCUCUAUUAGGGGCGCCAUCCAAGCUGGACAUUCACUCGACGGAGCACGAAGAUCGAAACAAGGACGGGUAUGAUCCGCUCAUGGUCCGGCCUGGAUUUACGGAUUAGAUCCAAUGCGCCUGUAGCUGUUAAAAAUAAAAGGCUCGUACCUUCCUAGCGAUCCCCAUACAAACUUCCUCAGUCUGCGUUUUUUUUUUUUUUUUUUUUUUUU